CGUCCAAAACUAACGACGUCUAGGAAUACAUACGUCGACCGACAUCUCCCGCUGACUGGUGGCCUUCACCAGAGUCCAAUAUCUUAGGUGGCCGUGAUCUAGCACGAGAGCCACAUGGAACAUGGAUGGGGGUGACCAGAGAAGGCAAAGUGGCAGUAUUGACCAACUACCGCGAAAAUACAUCAGAACAAGCCAUUGGGGCGAAGAGCCGGGGAGCCAUUGUAUGUAGCUGGCUUGGUGCGCCUUCUGACGAGAAGCGGUCAACCCGGGAAUAUGUGCAGGAUAUGGUUGCGAGUCCCACCGCCAGGAAUGUCGGUGGGUUCAGCCUGCUCUGUGGAUACAUCAAUGAGCCCCUGGCAAUCGUCUCCAAUCGCUCAUCCACCAUGGAUCAAAUUGCAUGGGUCGCCACGAAAUCGGGCCAGACGUUGGGCCUCAGUAACACAGUCUUCGAGGAUCGCACAUGGCCUAAGAUCCUUGACGGCGAAAGACUAAUGAAUGAAGCCAUUGCUACGCACGUGCAGGCUGGGGAGGACGAAGAUGCUCUUAUUACCCGAUUCCUUGAUAUGCUGAGCACCAAUACCCUCCCGAAGCUCUCAGAAGAUGCGACUGCGGAGGACUACCUUCCGUAUUUUCGGAAGAGCAUCUUUAUUCCUGUCCUGGGUGCUCACGAGAAACCUCCCAAGCCGGCAGGCACAGUAUCUCCUGCGUGUGCUGAUAGCACGCAUGCGAAUGGUGCUGCGGGCGGGGGGCACCAUGCAAUGGAUCUGUCAUUCCUGCAUGGGCCUUAUGGAACUCAACAACAAACGGUAGUCCUGGUAAGUGACGAUGGACGUGUGCGGUAUUUUGAACGCACACUAUAUGACAACGACGCAAACGUGAUCCCCAUCGGUCAGGGUGAUCGAUCAUUCGAAUUUCAUGUCGGUCAACACAGUAAUGAAACCGACAGAAUCUCAUGAGUCGCCGAUGGUAUGUCCUGGGGUGCUCCGAACAGUAUCCAUAGCAAUCUAAUUCUCCGCUCACGGCCUUCCAAUCGGCCUCGGUGAUUGUGGCUAUGUAAAUAUUUAUAACGGCGUGCAAUAUAAAAAAGCCCUAAAAUAGUAAACCAAGGUCAAUAGCUCCGGGAA